AUGGCGUCGUUGCGACGCUCGAAGCGGUGCCACUUGUGCGGCUUCCUUGUCUGUGCUCGUUGUGUACGCUCGACCGGCCAAGCGCCGGCGUCGAGCGAGACGUCUCGGUCUUCGAAGACAGGGGUCAAAUACAGCCAAGCAGUACACGUAUGCGAGCAUUGCAUGCAGCGCAUUGACGACGCUGACUACGACAGCUACUGCGCCACUGAAGGCAGCACGACGCCUUCCUUAAUCCAGCCUGAUGGGCCGAAUGUGGAGCCAGUGAGCGCGGUGAUCGCACACUCGCUAAGUCAAGUGCUUAGUACAACUUCCGAAGAAGAGAAGUCUGUAGUCGUCCGAGUCAUCAAGCACAUCAUCAGCUCAACAAACAGCGGCAACUUCCGAGCGGACUCUAGUGAGUUGACCAUGAGACUCGUUCAGUUGUCAAAGGAGCAUGGAUUUUCGGGCGAGCUGAUGCAUUUUGAGCCACAGGUAGUGCCUGAAGUCACUCCUAAAGUUCCGUCGGGUCAUGACCUCUAUCCUGUCGCGGACGGCGGGGGACGUCAAUAUGAGCUGCAACAUGCAAAUAGGUGCGAGAGCAGUGUAGCGGACACGGAUGAUUUUGAAGGAGCUCAAGAUACUGAAGACCUCGAGGUUCCUGAAAAUGAUGAAGAUGACUUGGGUGUUGGCGAAGUCAGCAAGGUCGUCGAUGCUGCGCACUACCCGAAACCAGCUGAUGAAAGCCAACGACUGCACUGGAUUGAAGAACAUCCAAACAUUGUUUCGUACAUGAUGAACCUCCCGGAUCUGGAGCUACUCUGCAAUAUCGCUUGUGGAGAACUAAAGUGCGAUGCGGUGGUAGUUACCCUCAUCGGUUAUCAAGUCGCGCACGUCGUGGCGUCUUCUGAACCGGCUUGGCGAGGAGGGCAGCUUCCUCGUGAUCACACUAUAUGUGCUCACGCCCUCAUAAACGACUACCCACUACUGGUUCCCCAUCCGGAAGCGGAUGUACGUUUCAGUUCGAUGAACGUAGUGCGUCGCGACGGCAUACGCUUUUACUUUGGCUUUCCGGUCAAGGUCGAUUACCCGGAAGGUGGUGGCUCCACUGCCGUCGGGACGUUCUGCUGUAUUCACGUUGGCAAAAGCCGCGAAGUGUCGGAAUCCCAGUAUGCGCUUAUGGCAACUCUUGCUGGAGGUGUGACCCGUGUGAUGGAGUCCCGGGCAGCAACUUUACUGGAGGGGCUAGAUGAAUGA